CUCGAAGGGUCGGGUGUCUCCACUGCGAAGUUUCCCGCUGCGAGCCUCUCGCCUCUCCGUCGCAGGUCUCCUGCGAACGCGAAGUCUUGCCUCGCGCUGUUUUCACAGCCUCUCAGUCUCUCGGUCCCCACUCGCCGCAGCUCUCUCUCCUCACAUCUCUCUUCGUCGCUUCGCUCCACAGGCUCCUCUCUCUCCUCUCGCGUCUUCUGAAGACCCCAGCGCCGCCGGACGGAACGGCCUCCUGGAAGGAGUCUUUCAACGGACGGCUCCGGCGACACAAGGCCCAGAGAGGCGGGUCAAACAACGUCUUCUUUCCUGUGGUUUUCAUCAGACUUCAAAUGCCUGGAUCCGUCCUGAGGGCAUCGCGAAGAAAUUAUGCUUUUCCUCCCCGCUCUCUACCGAAAAGUUUGCAGAACGUACGCUCUGCCUCUGUUCGCGGCGCGGCCUCACAAGUGCUCUCUUCCUCCCCGCAAGGAUUCCUGUGCGUCGUCUGAAGAACUGCGCCAUCACGAAUGCGUGACUUUUCCAGGAACGCACGCUUAUGGACCUUGCACUGGAGAAAACGGUGGUAACAGCUCCAUGUAGAACGCACCGGUCUUCGAGGACGCCACAAAGCAGAGUUUCUACAUUUCAGCGCGAGGCUCUUGUCAGGGGAUCCGGAUUUUCCCUUUCGUCUUUCUCUGUGUCGUGUCGUUUGAUUCUCUUGAUCUCACCCAUAGAGUUCCGGCGGCCGCGAGAAUCCGUUCCACUCACUCUCCUCCGUCGACGCUCCACAAAGAAGAAUCCUUUCCGCUUGCGCCAGGUGUACAUACCCCCGAGCGGCUUCCCCUCGAGUCACUCUUCUCGGCGUUUUGCCUUUCUCUGACAAACAAAUAUGGCGUACGCAGUGCGGCGGUUGUCGCGGAUGCGACCAGCCUCUGCAACCUCUGCUCGGGCAGUGCCUCUGUGCAGCUCUUCCCUCGUAUCUUCCGUUUCCUCCUCUGUUUUCCUCCCGUCUUCGCCUUCGUUACCGUUUCCUCGCGCUCCGUCUGUCUCUACACGGCUCGCGCCUGUGGCGUCUUUGCCUUUUUUUCGGAGCUGGCCGAUCUCUCCAGCCGGCAAUCUCCUCCCGGCUGCAGACUCGCCACCCAACCGCCCCCGCAACGACUUGUCUCUGAUCUCUUCUUGCGCCUUUUCUUUCUCGCUCUCGUCGCUCGCAUCUCCUCGUUCCUCCCCCCACCGUCUGUCUCGACACUCCCAGGCGCGUUUUUUCUCCAGCGAAAAGAAGGACACAACUGAGCAGCCGCUGUCCCCGGCGGUCGAUACAAGUUCUUCCUCCUGCCUUGGUUUCUCUCCCGCCUCAGCUUCACUCUCUGAAGAGGGGGAGAAGGAGAAGCGCUUUCUCCAGUUCUGCGAGGUAGCCUCAGGCGUUGUGGUCUCUUCUCCGGGUGUCUCUGCGGAGCAGAAGCAGUGGAUCGUCUCUUCUGGCGACGAUGAGCGGGGGGUGAAGUCUCCCGGAGGCUUUCUGGGUGUGGUGUUUGCCUUCAAUCAGAAGUUCACACGUCUGAAGGACUUGGGAUUCUUCGUUCUUCUCUCCUGCAAACAGGGCGCCCGACAAGCUCUCGUACUGCUCUCCGAGGAGCUCGCCUUCGGAAUCGAGGAGAGACAGCACUCUGCUCGAACGCCUGCACAAGCGAAGGCCGACGCGCCUGCAAGGGCAGCUGCCGAGACGCCCCAGACAGAAGCCCAGAGGCAAAGAGCGCCGGCGGAGACACCUGGGACAUGCGACUCCGCGGAGCCUGGGCAGGCACCUGGCCAGCAGACAGCGCAAGACAUGGUUGAGAGGGACGCCGCCGCACUCGAGAGGAAACUCUCGGGAGAGCCGGAGGCGGAGGGCGGCCAAGAGGGGAAGCGAGAGACAGCGGGAGACGGAGAAAGCAGGAAGACAGAGGCGGAGAUCCGAGAGGGAAGCAAGGCGCGAGAGAACGAGAAACCGCACAAACCGCACGAAAAACAGACAGAACCUGCGCAUGCAGACGGGGGGACUCUCGGCGGUGGGGCAUCGAGUCUUGAGAAUUUGAAAAACUGUUUGGGAGAGACACUUCUCAAUGGCCUGCAGGCGAAACUCGCCGAAGCCGCAGAGUCUGGAUGUCGCUUCACCUUUGAAAUCCGAGAUAUCCAAAAAGUACAGAUCACACGCAUGUGGACUGUAUGCGGAGCGCCAGCAGGUCACCACGCGCCCAUCGUCCCGCGGUCUUCGUACCUGGUUCCCGUCACUCCGUUCUUGCAUGCAAUUCUGCCCCCGGCAGCGAACUCGGCUUUCGUGGUGUCGCCGCAGUACUUUCGUCGCCGCCGCGGGCUGUUUGUCAAAGACACUCCGGAGGCGUCUCUCCUGGAAGGCGAAUUCGAUGAAGAUGGAGAAGAUCUGUGGCCUCGACAGGGCGAGGUCCGCGGAGAGACUGGAGACAGCGGCGAGAAGAGCGCAGACAGAAGGGACAGAAGGGGGGACGGCAGCGAGCCUGGAGAAAGCAAAGGCGGCGAGUGCGGCGGUACCCCGAAGGCGCCUCUCUCCUUCCCAGAGAAGGUGCGAAAAGUCAUGGAGCGCCUCGAGCUGCUUGACCAGGCGCUGGGGAAAGGCCUGGCAGUCAUCAUGGAUGUCCAGCUUCUCUGCACACAAAAGUUUUCUGUCCAUGACAAAGACAUGAAGCUCGUCUUUGGCGACGAAGAAGACGAACAAGUUGUCCAUACACUGCGAUUCCAGCUAACAGCUCGACGUGACGGGAAACAAUGGGGCAUUCCGACCUUCCAGCCGUCGUCCUGGACUCUCGUGGACUGGAAUGGCCUCGUCGGCACUGACUACCCCUGCGGGGUCGGGGCGCUGCGGAACGUUGUCAUCGUCGAGAAAGAUGAGGACAUGCCUAAGGGACAGAAAGCAGUCUACGAAUAACUUGCGCCGAUGGAGGGAGGAGCACGCUAGGGAGAAGACUGGAGACAAGCGAUUUGGCGGAUGCCAGAAAUGGUAGAACAGAGAACGGUGAAAGGGAACCUACAGCAAGAACUUCUCCGGAACCGGAGAGACGCUGGGCAUGUCUACUGCGAGCGCGUGUCGCCGUUCGGAGCUGGACGUCCACCGUUCUUUCUGGUUCCACGUCUUAUUUUGCUUGACAACUGCCGUGGAAAUACAGUACAUGUUUCAUUUUGUUGCUGUUCGCCUUUGAUGACGACGAAAAAAGAACCCAAAUUCGCCGGCAGAGUCCGUAUUUCGAAUGGCGAGAAUGGUGAAGCAGGCAAGGUGGGGAACGUGUCUUACGGCGGAAAUGCCUGUGCACGAGCGAAUGGGGUGUGUUAAGGCUUUCUGACUGGACCAUUCGGUAGAGUCCUCACAUGGCUGAAACAGACAGAAAAGAAGACCGGAUUCUUAACAACUGGGAAAGACUGC